UACAAAGCGGGUGUAUUCCUCGGCUGUACGUUUGGCAUCGAAGCCAUGUAUAUCUGGGCCAUCGGUAUAUUCGCUGCGGGACAGUCGUCGACAAUGACGGGCACCUAUUCGGGUCAGUUCGCAAUGGAGGGCUUUCUGGACCUGCAUUGGCCGCGUUGGAAACGGGUCCUCUUGACGCGAACCAUUGCCAUCAUUCCAACCCUUUUGAUCACAUAUUUCCAAAACAUUAAUAACUUAAGCGAAAUGAAUGAUCUGCUCAACGCUCUGAUGAGCCUUCAGUUGCCGUUCGCUUUACUGCCGGCCUUAACGUUCACGUCGUCGCCUAAAGUGAUGGGAGAGUUCGUCAACGGAUUCGCUAAUAAAGUGUUGGCAUCUGUCCUGUCGGUUGUGGUCAUAUCUGUAAACCUAUACUUUGUGUUCAAUUAUGUGAGCACUAAGUUCUCGAACAGUGUUUUCGUAUUCCUGGGAACCGCACUAUUCUUCGUAUAUUAUAUCCUAUUCUUGAUAUAUUUGGUGAGACAUUGA